AUGUUAUCGUAUUUUUUUGGUGGGGCAUCAAAUAAUGCCAAGAACAAAGAACAGCCAAAGAAGGCUAUAGUGGAGUUGAGGGAGCAAAUCAACCUUCUAUCCAAAAAGCAAUCGCACUUGCGUACUCAAAUUACAAACCAAGAAAAUGAAGCUAGAAUCUUUUUGACGAAGGGCAACAAAGUAAUGGCCAAGAACUCACUUAAGAAGAAGAAGUUACACGAACAAUAUUUAAGUAAGCUAGAAGGCACAAUGGACUCUCUGGAACAGCAGCUUUUCUCCAUAGAAAGCGCAAACUUAAAUCUAGAAACAAUGAGGGCCAUGCAGCAGGGUGCUAAGGCAAUGAAAACAAUUCAUGGUGGUCUUGACAUAGACAAAGUGGAUGAAACUAUGGACGAGAUAAGGGAACAACUAGAGUUAGGAGACGAAAUAAGCGAUGCUAUAUCUAGACCGUUAAAUACUGGCGCAAACGAGGUGGAUGAAGAUGAACUGGAUGAGGAAUUGGACAUGCUGGCUCAAGAAAACGCUAAUCAAGAAACUUCUAAGAUAGUUAAUAAUAAUGUUGAAGCGGCACCCAUUUCAGAGAAUAAGGUCUCGUUACCCAAUGUUCCAAGUAAUAAGAUUAAACAGAGCGAGGCUUCCAUGAAAGACAAAGAAGAUGAAGAGGAAGAAGAAGAUGAGGACGAAAAGGCAUUAAGGGAACUACAAGCGGAAAUGGGGCUUUGA